ACUACCAUACAUGAUAUGAUCAAAAGCUUAACAUGAGAUUUCUGUUAUAACUUUCGAGGAAUAUUUCGUACUUUCAAUUUUGUUUAUAUCGUUCGUUCAACCAUUGAGAGUCGAAUUUCGCUUGCAAUCUGUUCUAGGUGGAUUCAUGUUAUACGUUAAGACUUUGUUCUUUACCACUAAAAAAUGUUGUUUAUCAAUCUGUGAUUAAGUUGGCAAUAAUGUAUGGCAAGAACAAGUCGGUUGGGAUUCCGUCUGAUGCUCAGUCUAAAGAGAAAUUGGCGGUGUAUGUUUACGAGUACCUUGUGCACAUUGGGGCACAAAAGACAGCUAAUUCUUUUCUCCAAGAGAUCCGGUGGGACAAAUCAAUAAGCGUCGGCGAGCCUCCUGGAUUUUUGCACUCAUGGUGGAGUGUAUUUUGGGACCUGUACAGUGCGGCUCCUGAAAGACGUGAUACACAUGAGCACUCAAGCGAAGCCAAAGCAUUCCACGACUAUGGUUUUGUGAAUUCGGGUUACCCAAAUGGAUUACCACAUCCCAAUCACCCUGUUAUGUCUGGCCCCCCGAGUGUCAGUGGUCCUGGUGGAGCAGGACCGGGAAUGCCUCCUCCACUCGGACCCCCUGGACCCGACCCAGUAUCAAUGAGACAAAGGCCAUCUGGACCACCUUUAAUGACAGCCAGUGCUCUUCAAAAUCCAGGACCUGGUUUACAAGGACCUUCACCUCAUCAUCCGUCAGUACGAUUUCAUCAACCUGGUACAGGUGGAUAUCCAGGUAUUCCUGUCGGUAGUAGUAUGAUUCCUCCACAUGCAAAUUUACUGCCAGGUUCGGGUCCUUCACAUCCCAUGCACGGUAACCCUAUGAUGCCUCAUCAUCACCCACCCGGUGCCAUUGUAGGUCACCCUCGUCCUAGGUGGAUCGGUCCAUCUAUUCCACAACAGGCAGGUGGUCCUCCAUGCCCUCCCCAACAAGGCGGUGGCCCUCCAGUUUGUUCAGGAUCGGCUGGGCCGAAUUCAGUAUCGUCAACUGGACCUGGAAGUGUCGGUCCGGGUUCGUGUGGAGGCAGUGGUAUAGUUCCUAGUCCCGGUCAUCCUGGUACACCAACUCAACACGCUCCUCAUCUUGCUGCUCCUAGUCCCAUCAACAAUCAGUCUAACGAUCACCAGCCGUCUGGAGGUGGAAUGUCAGGUCAUCCACAUCAUCCUACACCGCCACAUUAUAUGGGUGGUCAACCACCACCACAACAACAAACACCACCUUCUUCAAAUUCCUGUCUCCCUCCAGAAUAUGCUGCAAGACCUUCUCCACAUCUUGUUUUUAGUGGUGGAGGACCUGGCUCUACUCCUGAUAACGGUAUGUUUGGUACAGGUCCCGGAUGCAGUGACUCUGGAUUAUUAAAUGGUUCUGUGGGCCCUCCUCGUAGCAGCGGAAUGAUGCCCCCUCCUCCCCCAGACUACUCAAGUGGUAUGCCUUCUUCUGCAUCAAACCCUUACCCACCCGGUUCUGAUCUCAAAGCCUCGCCGUUACAUGGGGGUCCUGGAAUGGGUUGUGACAUGGUAAGUCCAGCUGGAGGCCCUCCCCCAUUGAUGCCCUCUGAUUACCCUUCCGGCAAUGGCCCUGGUGGCAACGGACCUGGACAAGGCAGCAGUGGGUUCCCAGGAGAUUCUGUUAUGAUGAUGCCUCCGCCGCAACAGCAAAGUGUUUUACAACAGCAUAUGGGUGGUGGACCGCAAGGCCAAGCUCCGCCUCCUCCUCAGUAUGUUCCUUCUGGGGGUCAGCACUCAGGGUCAGGUGGGGGUCCCCCAUCGUCCAUGCAGUCCGUUUGUGGGGGAUCUAAUCCUAGUCCAGCUGGCGGUCCGGGUUCUGUGCAGUUUCCACAAGAAUAUUCGUUCAGUCAAAUGUCCUAAGCGGAUCGUGUCGAGUGCAACUACCCUCCCGUUUGUCGAAAACUGCAGCCAUCAGGUGGCAGUGUACUGGUUUCUGUUUGUGCACCAUUAUUAUUACCAUUUUGUUCUACACAAUAUCUGCAUGUCAAUUUACAAACCCUUUUUAGAUUUGAAUGUGUAUCUUAUCCUUAAGUUGAUUGCCCUCGAAUCAUGUCUCACCCGCCUAUCAGUGUAUAUGUUUCGCGGAGCCAUUAUUUGAAAGAUAUGAUCUAAACAGAGGAAUCUGUCUAAACACUUAUAUUUCUUGAUACCCCGGUAUCACCUGAGCGCAUGGACACCAGUAAUAAUUUCCAUUAAAUGAAAUUAUCAUUUAUUUUGUUAAUGAAUUCCUCGAUUGUUUUGUGUCAUACCUGCUUUAAAUGCAUUUAAUGUUUUGUCAGUAUAUUUCUCCUUGUAGUACAUUGUCUGCUUAAUUACAAUUUAACUAGCAUUAUACAUUUGAUCUUUUUAAAUAAUGUAACGAUCUUGACAAAUAUCAGUCUGCCUGCACAAAUUUGUAAAACCAAAUGAUCUUGGGUGUUUUCUAAUAUGGAUCCAUAGUUUAUUGCAGUACUGUGAACGGACGAUUUUAAAAUUGCGAUGGAUAUUGUUCAAAACAGUAUUUCUCAUUUUUAUAUUCCUGUGACUGACCAUACUCAAAUGAAUGACAGUAAAUUUUUCGUGUCCAACAAUUCAUUUUAAGUAGAAACUUCUCUUUGUCUUUUCAGCAACAUCGUAUUUUGUAAACGUUACCAUAAAUUUUUUUCGCUGAGCAUUUUCGGUUCUAUGACUGUAAAAGAAUUUUCAUCACACUUUCUGAUUUACAUUAUUUGUCUUCAGUUGGUUUGAUGUUUUCACUACAUUCUUCAAUUUAUUAUAAUUGAUAAAUACUUCCCAAAUUUACGCCUGCAUAUCUGUGUAAGUAAUUUGCCUGCAUUAACACUUUCUUUAUCUUCUGCUCCGUACUGUAAGAACAUUUUCAGGUUAACGUACGACAAUAUUUAUUAAGAACCAUGCUGCAGCAAUAUCUACAUGAAAAAUUUCUGUCAUAAAAUGUACGUUAUCGCUCCUUUAUGGAAAGGUUAAGAUCCAUACGAAUGUAAAUGCAUUUUAACCACAUUUGACUUGAAGAAUUCUGACAGAGGUUUUUCGGUCUUAUUGAAUAGAUACUGCUGGCUAUGCACGCAUUGGGUUUGGGUUAUUGUUUAGCAAUGGGAUUUCGGCUCUAACCCUGCUCAUACACAUGUUGGAUUUUGUCA